AUGAAAAGGUUCAAAGCAACUCUUACCAACCUCCGAUUCCUCAACUCGUCCUUCCCUCUCCGAGUCACUCCAACUCGCUCGCCCCAACUCAAUCACAACCACCAGGUUUCUCACUUCUCUCCCUAUACUCCACCACCCCUUUUCACCCCCUUUCCGUUUCACGAUUUGCGUUUCCCAACCACUCAACAAAAACGGUAUUUUUCUUCGAAACCAGUUUCCAUUGUAGACCUUGUUUUGACCAACGCUUGGUCUCAAGGGUUUGAACACGAGUUAGAAAAAUGUUACCCGUCUUUGACCCACGAAACUGUUGUUUACAUUUUGAAGCAUUUGGAGAAUGACCCACAAAAAGCUUCUUGCUUUUUCAAUUGGGUCUGUAAGAAAGAAUGGUUUUUGGCAAGUUCUUCAUUGUGUAACCUAGUUCUUAGGAUUUUAGCUAAUAAGGUUACAAUUGAUCAAUUUUGGGUUACUCUAACGAUGAUGAAGAAAAAAGGGUUUUAUCUUGAUCGAGUGACUUAUACAAUGAUUUUAAAGGGUUUUAGAAGAGAGAAAUUGAAUAGGGAUUUUGCUUGUCUUAAAACCUUCUUUAAGGAAAUGCUUAAGGAAAAUGUAAGGGAAGGUGUUUUCACUAAGGUGGUUGGUAUCAUUUCAGGAUCUGAAUGGAGUGAUGAGGUUAUGAAUGAACUUGCGGAGCUUAAAAUUAAAUAUUCGGAUAGUUUUGUAAUACGGGUUUUGAAAGAGCUUCGGAUUUGUCCUUUAAAGGCUUACAAGUUCUUUUGUUGGGUUGGGAAGCAAUCUGGUUUUCAACAGAAUUCAGUGACUUACAAUGCAGUUGCUAGAGUUCUUGCUAGGCCUGGUUCGGUUGACGAGUUUUGGAGUGUUCUUGAGGAGAUGAAGAGUGUGAAUCAUGAAUUGGAUAUUGAUACUUAUAUGAAUAUAAAAAUGCAGUUUGUGAAGAAUCAGAUGAUGGAGGAUGCUGUCAAGCUUUAUGAGGUUAUGAUGAAUGGUCCGUAUGAGCCAUCGGCUCGUGAUUGCUGUGUCCUUUUAAAUGCAAUUGCUACAAAUGAUUCGCCAAAUUCUGAACUAGCUUUCAGGGUAGCCGAGCAAUAUGAAUCCGCAGGACAUACUCUCACAAAGGAAAUCUAUGAUGGAAUCCACCAGUGUUUGACAAGUGCUGGGAAAUUUGAUGAAGCAGAAAAUAUUGUUAAGACUAUGAGAAAUGCUGGCUAUGAACCGGAUAACACCACCUACCGUCAAAUGGUGUUUGGACUUUGUAAGAUGAAGAGGGUUGAAGAAGCAUGUAAGGUGUUGGAGGAGAUGGAAUCUAGUGGCUGCAUCCCUGAUAACAAAACUUGGUCCAUCUUGAUCCAAGGGCAUUGUGCUGCCAAUGAAGUAGAGAAGGCGUCACUUUGCUUAGUUACGAUGGCCCAAAAGGGCUGCGACGCAGAUGCAAAUGCUAUAGGCGUUCUGGUUGACAGUUUUCUUAAUCGAGAGAAAAUAGAUAAUGCGUACAAGUUUCUUGUAGAGAUGGUUAGGAAUCAUGGCGCAUCUCCUAGGCAACGUACAUAUGAGAGAUUGAUUGAAAACCUAUUGGGAAUAGAAAAAAUUGAGGAUGCAAUUGACCUUCUUUGUUUGAUGCGUAAACACAAUUACUCCCCAUUCAUCAAACCUAUUGUGCAGUAUGUUUCAAAGUCUGGUACUGUGGAGGAUGCUGAGAAAUUCCUGAAGGCAUGGAGAAAGAAAAGUCCUCAGUCCCAUUCAGCCUAUCUUCAUGUUUUUGAAUCAUUUGUUGGAGAAGGUAGACUCACAGAGGCCAAAGAUCUAUUGUCCAAGUGUCCUUCUCGUAUAAGGAAACGUAAACAAGUCAAUGGAUUUUUUGCAUCAGUGGAGAAUCAGAUUGCUGCUAGUGCUAGUGCUAAUUGA